AUGCUGGAGUUGCUUCAGUCAAGGCAGGUGGAGUCCGGGAACUUGAAGAACGGGGGGUUCAAGAAACUUGAUGCUUUGAUGGUGAAGAAGAUCCCAGGUUUUAACUUGAAUGUCAAGUCCAGGCAUCGAUGGUUGAAGAACAAGUAUAAUGCGAUUUACGAUGUCCAUAAUGGGAGUUGCAGCGGGUUUGGCUGGGAUGAGUCUAAAAAAAUUAUUGUUGCCGAUGAUGAUGUCUUCAAGGAAUGGACCCACAAACACUUCUCUAGCCUCAACAACAAGGCAUUCCUGUAUUAUGACCAGCUGGCCAGAAUUUUUGGGAAGGACAGAGCUAUAGGAGGCCAAGCCGGGUCUGCAGCUGACAUGGAAGUUGAGCAUCGUGUUCAAAGGGAGGAACCCAUCAUCUACGAUGACGAAACCAGCCAACGUGUGCUAGAGGAAAUCAUAAAUGAGGGUGUUGAUCAUAGGGAUUUGCUCGACAGUCCACGAGCUGGCCGUGGCAAGACAACCAAUGUAGAAGGAAUCAACAAGAGGCAAAAGACUGAUAAGAGUGCAGCUAGCAGUCAAGUUGUGGCUGCUGAGAUUGAAAAAAUGCAUCCUCUCAUGGAGAAGACUACCUCGAACAUUGAGAGAAUGGCUAACAGCUUCUGCCAUGAAGAUUCUUUGAUGAUUCGGAGAGAUACUUUGUUUGAGGAGUUGUCAAGCAUGGAAGUUCUAUCACAAGAUGAAGUGCUUUCAGCAGCCAUAGUUCUUGUGAAGGAGGAUAGGCUUGCCCAGCUGUUCUACCAACUUCCUACAGAUGAAGAAAGGCUCAAAUUCCUCCUUCGUCUCAUCAUGUAA